AUGAGUGCUUUCGGGGGCGCCAAAGGAUACCAGCCAAAGCCGCCGGAGAAGGGAGUCUUCCCUUUGGACCACUUUGGCGAGUGCUCCAAGGAGAUGAAGCAAUACAUGAAAUGCCUAAAAGAGAAUGAGGAUGACACAGGAAGCUGUCAAGUGCAGGCAAGGGAGUAUUUCAAAUGUAGGAUGGGCAG